AGUUCAGCUCCUCCUCCCCUUCCCCACGCCACAUCAUCCAAUCGCCGCCCACCAAACACUUCUACCUUUUAUCACAAGGUUAUAUUGCUUGGCUCCUCCUGUCACUUUAAGUCAAAGAAGGGAGGGGAAACGUGGCAUGUCUCAUGAUUGGCUGAUGAAAGCGUCUGCCGCUGUUUUUCAAGAAGCGGAAACUGAGAGAAGAAGGACGAGGCCGGCUGGUCACAUAUCUCUCGAUCCCACCCUCCCUUUUUUGCACAGGGGUGCGCGUGCUACCGUGUCUGUUGGUUGGGCGUCCUGAGCGCGAGUCUGAUGGGAGCGUGCGAGUGUGUUAAAAAAGGAUACUGUUGUAGACCUCUUGGUCACGAGGGCGCAGGAGGAAGAGGAGGGGAGUUUAGAGAAAGAGACAGGCAGUACCUGAAGUCCAUGCACCUUUAAAGGGAGCAGCGAGGGUGCCAAGGAAGAAAGGAAAGCAUUGCUUAAGGAAAAAUGGAAAUGCCCCAGCCUACACAGCAGAAGCAGCUGCUUAGCCCCCCUUCCCCGCUUUCCUAAAACCAGUCAGAACCCCCUGUUGCAGGCAACAGUUUAUGCCCUCUCCAGUAAACCUCUGAGUCGGUGUUACAAGCCAGCUGCCUCAAGUGCAACUGAAAGGACUUUGCACCUUGAUUGACCCCCCCCCGCACAUUGUUAGAGCACCUUUAGCGACACGCCCUCAUCUUCUAGCUGUGCUUCCUCCCCUUUCCAUCUAUACUCUUAUUAGUUGCUCCCUCCCCGGCCAGCUCCAUGGCAUGUUCCCAGCAGCAGGAAGACACCUGCUCGACCUCUGCAUUGGCAACAAAGAAUUGUGCAGAUAUGAGCACCAGGAAAGUGGCUCUCAUCACUGGUAUCACGGGCCAGGAUGGCUCAUACUUGGCAGAGUUCCUGCUGGAAAAGGGCUAUGAGGUGCAUGGAAUUGUUCGUAGAUCGAGCUCUUUUAACACAGGACGGAUUGAACAUCUUUACAAAAACCCACAGGCUCACAUAGAAGGAAACAUGAAGUUACAUUAUGGCGAUCUCACAGAUAGCACUUGCCUGGUGAAGAUAAUUAAUCAAGUGAAGCCCACUGAAAUUUACAAUCUUGGAGCUCAGAGCCAUGUCAAAAUAUCUUUUGAUUUAGCUGAAUAUACAGCUGAUGUUGAUGGAAUUGGCACUUUACGGUUGCUAGAUGCCAUCAAGACGUGCAGCCUCAUAAAUUCUGUGAAGUUCUACCAAGCUUCAACAAGUGAACUUUAUGGGAAAGUGCAAGAAAUACCACAAAAAGAGACCACUCCUUUUUAUCCCAGAUCACCAUAUGGGGCAGCCAAACUAUAUGCAUAUUGGAUUGUUGUGAACUUCAGGGAGGCCUACAAUCUCUUUGCUGUGAAUGGUAUUCUCUUCAAUCAUGAGAGUCCUAGGAGAGGGGCUAAUUUUGUAACUCGAAAAAUCAGUCGUUCCGUUGCUAAGAUCCACCUGGGCCAACUGGAAUGUUUCAGUCUGGGCAAUCUGGAUGCCAAGAGAGACUGGGGUCAUGCCAAGGACUAUGUUGAGAACGGACCUCCUGAUAAGAUGGUAUCUGGAGGAGGCCCUCAUCUGCAGAGUGCAGUGAUCAACUGGGUAUGUAAGGGGUAUCCUGGUCCCAAGUUUGAAGCCCUAAAGAUAACAAAGCCUAUCAAAGGUAGUGGAAGUCUUCCCUAGGCCUGUUGCAGUCUUGUUCUACCCUUGUACAAGAAUAAGCCAGCUACACAAAGCUUAAAGACUUGUUGCAGAGCUACCAAGUUCUGUUAAUUCCAGAUAAUGUUAUGGAACAGAAAGCCAGUGCUGUGGGGCAUCUUUUUCCAAGUAUCCAUCUAGAAAAUAGCCAACUUUCUAAUGAUAAAAGGGACAGUGGUAUUUUCAAGAACUAUCUAGGUGUUCUGUUUGAUUAUUCUCAGAGACAUAAUGAACUAACAAGCUACCCAGUAUAAUAAAAAAUAAGACUAAUGAUAAGAUGCUUCAGAGGAGUUUGAAGAUCUCUAUCUUGGCCUUGUCAGAGAAGAUGCUUCCCUCAAGGCUCUGGAGUUGAAGGCAGAGUCCAUGGGGAAAUAUGGGAUUCAUUCUAUAGAAGAUUGGAUCCAAAAGUGCCCUUCUACCAAUGGAAGGAGUUCUGCUCACAGAAAGAUGGUUGGAAUCCAGCCAUCACUUUUGGAAGAUGGGAUCUAGCAGUAGCAUUCUAAUAGUAAAGUGGCAGGCAACAGUGUGGUUUUGUCCUUCCUCUUUUGUUGAUGUCAUCUUGUUACCAUAGUUGCUGUCAGAGGUUAUUCAUAUGUUGUGAAUCAGGAGCAAUGUAAUAGUGGACAAAUAUAUUCACAUAACUUCUGUGAGUAGUGUAUACUGGAGAUGUUGGAUUUCCUUUGAGUACUUUUCUUCCCCAUUAUAAUUUUCAUCCAAGUAAACUUCCCUCGGGGCCAAUUCAUAAUGAAUUAGCUCAUUGUCAGCAUACACAAGAGGUGAAUUGGCCUUCUUGAAUUAAUAAAAGCAUUCAGUUGCUGCAGCACUAAGUGGCAUGCUCCUCUUGUGUUUAUUUUCUUGUAGGUGAACUUGAAAUAGUUUCCUUCCUUUCCUCCCUCUGAUGUCAGGUACAAAAUUGUUUACUCAGUUCAAGGAUGCUGUGCAUGAUUUGACAUAGCCCAGCACAUUGUCUUCAUUGCCAGCAGUACACCAUGGGAAAUAUUUCACCAGCAAAUGAAUAGGACACCCAGUUGACCUUAGAGUUAAGAUUUAGCGAAUUGCUUGUAUGAAGAAGAAGAAAAAAUCACCUUAGGCAACAUAGGAAGAUUUUACAGACUUCCAAUUCAGUCAUGUUUAACAAAAAAGCUUAUUAAACUUUUUCCCCUUUUGUAUCUGGUAUAUCUCAAAAGCACAUAUGUCCUUUUACAAUGAAACAGCUACCUUAUCAAAACAACAGUAUAGUUUUGUCGUGUCUGUCAGCCGAAUAAUGAAAAUGGAGCAAUGAUUUAAUGGACACGAUUUAAUUUUAAUUGAAUAUAUAUGUCCCUGUGUUUGUUUUAUAGGCUAUAAAGGUGCCUCUAGGGCUUUUGCAAGAGGAAUUUUGAAAUUUCUCUUUACUGUGCUGCUAAUAUCAGAAACUUAUUGUUGGGAUAAUUUUACAUGUAUUGCUGCAUACAGUAGUGCCAUUUCAGGUUUCAGAGGAUGUCAGGGGCAAAAAGAGACUUCAGUGAAGGGUGGGGAAGAUUAAAUUGCUCAGAGCACUAUAUUUUAAAAGUAUGUAUUGUGGUUGCCUCUUUAUAUUUCAUAAUAGCGAGAGAUAAAGAAGAUCACGUAUCAACUUUCCAUAUGAAGAGUUUGGGGACAUUUCUGACAGUGGAACUUAAACCAUUUAAAACUAUGCAUGAGAUUGAGUUCUGUGAUAUCCUUUCAUGAACUCCUAAGUGAGUGCUGUGUCUAAAUGUCGAAAUGGAAGUAUAUUGGUCAAUUAAUCACUGCCAAUGAGCCAUAACAUGUCAAAGCACCAUUUCAUGUUAACCUUCUCCUGAUGUUUGUAAAAUCUAAAACAGCGACCAGACAGCGUCUGAUACUGGCCACACUACUUUUUAAAAUUUUGGAGCAAAAUGUGUAUGAAAUGCUAUAGAUUUUUCCACUAUCUAUGUUUAGGAUUUCUGCUUGAUUUUAACUGAAGGUACUUACAAAAGUUAUUGUGAACACUGAAAAUACAUAUUUUAAAACAAUCCUGCCCAAUUUCCUUAUUCAAGUUGUUCAUACUACUAAAUUGGAUACCAUAUUAGAAUUCUACAACAGCAGAUACUAGGGGAGUUAACUGCAAGUUUUUUAAAACACAAAGUCGGUCUAAUUUUGACCUGUUCUUUUUUCCUUAGCUUUUUCAGUAGAACAGGUGAUGGUAAAUAUAAUUGUUGUGUAAGUAACAAUUCACAAUCUAAAUAUUAAUAGUAGUUAUUCUCCUAAAACAGAGUGGAUUAUUAAUGUAUAACGUAAUCCUUCUUUUUGGCUUUUCUGUUUUGCAUUCUUUCCCCCACGCACAGCAAAAGUAAGUUAGGUCACAGUAUUAUUUUGACAAACUAGGAAAAUUAAAAUCUUGCGACAAGCAAAGCAUUGUGUUACUGGUGAAAGGAAAUGCAGGAAGAAACUCUCCUCUACUUUGCUGGCCCAUUUAUGAAAUUUGGUCACUGGUACAAAGCCAUGCAGCUGCACAUAAUAUAAAGUAAGUUUAUCUGCAUAUUUGGUGAGUUUAUAACUUCCCCAGGGUAUUUUAACAUUAAAAAUAGUGAUUGUUAACCCAGUCCAUCUGAAUUUAAAUAUAAACUUAUUUUGCUAGAAACAGAAUAGCAUCUAAAGUACUCUUUGUAUCUUUUUUCUUGUGAGUAAAGGUUUACAUAUAUUUUAGCUGAAUUGUAUCUGCUUUUAUAUGCCUCAGUAUAUGCAUAGGUGCUCAGAUCCAUGUGAUAAACAAAGAUAGGAACUCCCUGUGAUACCCUUGGAACAUACAUAUUGUCUGCUUUGUAUAGUAAUGCAAAUGUUUGUAAAAAUAAUAAAAUGAGAUGUACCAUCAUAAUUCUUCAUACAUUUUAGACUGCAGUGAUAAAUGAAUUGUU